AGUCUUCUGAUGACAUUAUCUCUAGACUAGUGGUUACUAUAUAUAUCUCUCUUUUGCGGCAUUUCUUGUCACUGCUAAUCACGGAAACAAAAAAGAUGGAUAAAAGAUGGAGUCUUCAAGGUAUGACUGCUCUUGUAACCGGUGGAGCCGCAGGAAUAGGGUAUGCCAUAGUAGAGGAGUUAGCUAGCUUUGGGGCCAAAGUCCAUGUAUGCGACAUAUCUGAAACUUUGCUCAAUCAAAGUUUAAGCGAAUGGGGAAAGAAAGGUUUUAAAGUGAGUGGCUCAGUCUGUGAUGUAACCUCACGUCCCGAGAGAGAAACUUUGAUACAAAAAGUCUCCUCGUUAUUUGAUGGAAAACUCAACAUUCUUGUGAACAAUGUGGGUGUACUUCGAGGAAAGCCAACAACAGAAUAUGGGGCAGAUGACUUUGCUUUCCAUAUCUCAACAAAUUUGGAAUCUGCUUACCAUUUUUGCCAGCUUUCGCACCCUCUCCUAAAGGCUUCAGGCUAUGGAAGCAUCGUUUUCAUCUCCUCUGUUUCAGGGGCUGUGUCGAUUAACGGUGCAUCCAUUUAUAGUCUAACGAAAGGAGCUCUGAAUCAGCUAGCUAGGAAUUUAGCAUGUGAAUGGGCAAAAGACGGCAUACGAGCCAACGCUGUUGCACCUAAUAUCAUCAAGACUCCUCAGGCUCAACCUUAUCUUGAGGACGUCAGCUUCAGGGAAGGACUGUUCGGUAGAACUCCACUUGGUCGAGCUGGAGAGCCUAAUGAGGUUGCAGCACUAGUGGUUUUCUUGUGUCUACCUGCAGCUUCAUAUAUAACAGGUCAAACCAUUUGCGCCGAUGGAGGCCUCACGGUUAACGGUUUCUCGUAUCAACCACAGGCUUGAAAAUUGUCUUGUCAUGUUUUGUGACUGUAAUAUUUUCUUUUGAAUAAAAAAACUCACGAUAUGAGGGUGUGCACGAACACAUAAGCGAAUUCACAAUUCCAUUCUGGAGAUUCUAAUCAGAUUUGAUUACACCAA